UUGCUGUGGCCCGUGGCCUCCCUUCUCCACUGCCUGGAAGUUCAGGAACUUGGUCACCGCCCAGCGCCCCCCUCCUCCUCCUUUUACCGUAUCUAUUGUUGGGUAAUACGUUACUCCAUCGAAAUUCUCCUAACCGAAACUUUUCAGCUGACUUGCUGGAGCGCUUGUGAUACUUUUCUGUAUAGCCGUCGGGCGGAGGGAGGAAAACUUAGGUGUUUAUCGUGAGUGAGCGGCGCAGUUAAACUAAGUCCGUGGGGCGAGGAAACGGGAGGAAAACUUUUGACGCAAGGAAUUCCGCAAUUCCCAUUCCUCCAUUUUGAACUUUUAAACUUCACUUUGUCUAACGGACUGUUGUCGUAAACUAGACAUCAUGACUAGCAACACCGCACCAAACAUCAACUUUAAAUGGGACCCGAAGAGCCUGGAGAUCCGUACUCUGGCAGUGGAAAGGCUGCUGGAGCCUCUGGUCACACAGGUCACCACUUUGGUAAACACCAGCAAUAAAGGACCAUCUAACAAGAGGAAGGGGCGCUCCAAGAAGGCCCAUGUUUUGGCUGCAUCAGUGGAGACUGCUACCGAGAACUUCCUUGAGAAAGGCGAAAAGAUUGCAAAGGAAAGUCAGUUCCUCAAGGAUGAGCUGACUGCUGCUGUGGAAGAUGUCCGCAAGCAAGGUGAGUCAAUGCGUCAGGCCUCUGGAGAAUUUGCAGAAGACCCCUGUUCAUCUAUGAAGAGAGGCAAUAUGGUUCGUGCAGCCAGGGCCCUCCUGUCAGCAGUUACACACUUGUUGGUGCUGGCAGACAUGUCUGAUGUCUACAAACUUCUCGUGCAACUUAAACUGGUGGAGGACAGUCUGGCCAAAGUGCGCAACGCAGGUACAGAACAGGAUUUGGGAAUCCAAUACAAGGCCUUGAAACCAGAAGUGGACAAGCUGAAUGCCAUGGCUGCCAAGAGACAGCAGGAACUAAAGGACGUUCAGCACAAGGACCAAAUGGCUGCUGCCCGUGGGGUGCUACAGAGGAACAUCCCAUUGCUGUACACAGCAUCCCGUGCCUGCCUGCAGCAUCCUGACGUGGCAGCGUACAAGGCCAACCGUGACCUGAUCUACAAGCAGCUGCAGUCUGCAGUGUCCGGCAUCUCCAAUGCUGCCCAGGCCACUCCCACUGGAGAUUCUGCACUCAGUCAGUCAGGAGGGGGUGGAGAGCUUGCCGAUGCCCUCAACAAUUUUGAUAAACAAAUCAUUGUGGACCCCCUGGCGUUCAGUGAGGAGCGCUUCCGCCCUUCCCUGGAGGAGCGCCUUGAGAGCAUCAUCAGUGGUGCUGCCCUCAUGGCUGACUCUUCAUGCACACGUGAUGACCGCAGGGAGCGCAUUGUGGCCGAAUGCAAUUCUGUGCGCCAGGCUCUCCAGGACCUUCUGUCUGAGUAUAUGGGCAAUGCAGGAAGAAAGGACAGAAGCGAUGCUCUGAACACUGCCAUUGAUAGAAUGACAAAGAAGACUAGAGACCUUCGCAGACAGCUGCGCAAAGCUGUGAUGGACCAUGUCUCUGACUCUUUCCUGGAGACUAAUGUUCCCCUCCUGGUCCUCAUUGAAGCUGCUAAGAAUGGCAAUGAGAAAGAAGUCAAGGAAUAUGCUCAGGUGUUCCGUGAACAUGCCAACAAGCUGAUUGAGGUGGCAAAUCUGGCAUGCUCCAUUUCCAACAAUGAGGAAGGGGUAAAGCUGGUCCGUAUGGCUGCAUCUCAACUGGAAAGUCUUUGCCCCCAGGUGAUUAAUGCAGCAUUAGCCCUCGCUGCCAAGCCCAACAGUAAGGUGGCCCAGGACAAUAUGGAUUUGUUCAAGGAGCAGUGGGAGAAGCAGGUUCGCGUCCUCACUGAUGCUGUCGAUGAUAUAACCUCCAUUGAUGACUUCCUUUCUGUGUCUGAGAACCACAUCCUGGAGGAUGUGAAUAAGUGUGUCAUCGCUCUGCAAGAGAAAGAUGUUGAUGGUUUGGAUCGUACCGCUGGGGCUAUUCGAGGCCGUGCUGCCAGAGUUGUCCAUGUGGUUACUUCAGAGAUGGACAAUUAUGAACCUGGAGUCUACACAGAGAAGGUUUUGGAGGCCACCAAGCUCCUUACUAAUACAGUCAUGCCACGGUUUACAGAACAAGUGGAGUCUGCAGUGGAAGCCUUGAGUGCAAAUCCCUCACAGCCUGUGGAUGAGAACGAAUUCAUUGAUGCAUCCCGCCUGGUGUAUGAUGGCAUUCGUGACAUCCGUAAGGCUGUCCUCAUGAUCAGAACUCCAGAUGAAUUGGAUGACUCUGACUUUGAGACUGACGACUUUGAUGUUCGCAGCAAGACCAGCGUGCAGACAGAGGAUGACCAGCUUAUUGGUGGCCAAACUGCACGGGCUAUCAUGGCUCAGUUGCCCCAAGAGGACAAGGCAAAGAUUGCUGAACAGGUGGCCAGCUUCCAGGAAGAGAAGAGCAAGCUGGAUGCAGAGGUAUCCAAGUGGGACGACAGUGGCAAUGACAUCAUUGUGUUGGCCAAGCAGAUGUGCAUGAUCAUGAUGGAGAUGACAGACUUCACCAGGGGAAAAGGGCCGCUGAAGAAUACGUCUGAUGUCAUUAGCGCUGCCAAGAAAAUUGCUGAGGCAGGAUCAAGAAUGGACAAGCUGGGCCGCACCAUCGCUGACUAUUGUCCUGACUCCAGCUGUAAGCAGGACCUGCUUGCCUACCUGCAGCGUAUUGCCUUGUAUUGCCACCAGCUUAACAUCUGCAGUAAAGUCAAGGCCGAGGUUCAGAACCUGGGAGGAGAGCUGGUUGUCUCUGGGUUGGACAGCGCCAUGUCACUCAUUCAAGCAGCAAAGAACCUGAUGAAUGCCGUGGUGUCCACUGUCAAGGCGUCUUACGUCGCGUCUACCAAGUACCAGAAGAACAAGGGCAUGGAGGCACUCAAUAUGCCCGCUGUCUCCUGGAAGAUGAAAGCUCCCGAGAAGAAGCCUCUGGUGAAAAGAGAGAAGCAGGAUGAUGGCCAGACCAACAGAGUCAAGAGAUCUUCUCAGAGGAAGCACGUGAACCCUGUGCAGGCUUUGAGUGAAUUCAAAGCUAUGGAUAGCAUCUAGACCCCUCACCUCCAACCCCACACAUUUAUUGUUUAAAAAGAACAAAGGAUUUUGACCAAUGAGUUUUUCUAUAGAUUGAGCAUGUCACUCUAUCAAAGAGAGAAGCUUUUAGCAUAUUUCUUCUAUCUUUCCAUAGACCGCUUGUCUGUUUGACCCAAUAUAUUCCUCCACCGCCUCAUUUCUAUUCCACCAACUCAAAUGUACUCUUGUCUAAAUCAAGUGUCUAUUCUUCGGAAAGGGAAAUCAACUGGACAAAGCUAUUCAGUAGGUGAAUUUAAUAGAUAUGGGCUUGUGGUUAUUUUGUAUCCUAACCAGUUUCAGAGCAAAACUGUGGGGUCUCCAGGGUGUAAGGCUUGAUUAUGGCAAAAUGUGUUCUGUACUGCAGAUAUCAGCUAUGCAAAAUUUCAACUGCCUUAUUUUACCUUUAGUCAUAACUGUAGUUAAUUUGGAUGUGGAAGUCUAACUGGUAGGAUUUAAACAUGUUUUGGUUCAGUUGAGAUAUUUCCAUGUGUGCCUGCGUUUUCUUUUAAAUACCAUUAUGUAUUUUGUUAUGACACUAUAAAAAAAAAAAUCAGACCAACUUUAAACUUUGUCAGCGCCGUAUGAUUUGAUCCAUUUGUACCCCUUGAUUGUGAAAUGAUAUUUCCUUUUAAUUUAACCAUCUCAAAUUGUAUUUGAAUGAGUUUUAUUGUUGUUAUUGUAUUGUCUUCAGAAACCAAAGGUGACGGUUUAUUCUUACCCUUCUGUUUUGCUACAUAACCGAUGUACUUGUGUGAACCUACACUUUAAGGCACAGGUCUCCAGCAGUUGAGUCAAACUUUGUUAAUUAGCAGUAACUCCUCUGUGUCUAAGAGAAGCCAGUGGGCUAAAGAAUGAAUACACGGUUGUUGGUACUGUCCAAAGCCCACAAGCUUUCAUUAGCUAUCAAUGAGACCAAACACCACUACAUUCUCAACAUGUCCAAAUUGAGGGAUCAAUAUGUUUUUCUCUUCACAACUUGGAGGUUGGCAAGGUAUGGAAAUGAUUAUCUGCCUCUUAACUCUUAUUGUGUUGCUUGUCCUGUAAACUAAUUAAGAUUUUAUAUAUAUUGCACAGUCUUUAAGAAAACACACAAACCGCUUGUUAAACUUUACAGAGUUAAAAUGAAAGCAGAAGUUGUUAGCAGCGUGGUUUGCAGACAUGUAUGGUGGUGCAUUGGUUUGCAGCAAGGCUUUUAAAUCUUGCUGUUUUGAUCUUGGAACUGAAUUUGUUUUGCUCAUUUGACAUCUGUAAACCAUAGCAAGAUGGGCAUGCAUGUUUUUUAGGGAACCGAGGAUUCUGAGUGUUUCUGUUUAGUUUUUUUUUUUUUUUUUUUUCUCUCCCUACUGUUAACCUUUUGGUGUAUUUGAGUCUUGAGUUGAUAUCAAACUACAUUGCUGUGGAUUGUUUUGUUAUUGAGAGCUGACUUAUUAGUGGACACUUGGUAAAUUUAAUGAGUCUGCUUUAUAUCUUAAUAAACUUUAAAGUGAAUCCAA